UUCUUGAUCUCUAAAAAUAGAAUUUGGUAACGGGACCCUUUCGCAUAGUUUAUCUGGAGCAAAACAAGCAAGGGGGAUUGUAUCCCCUGGUUGUCCAUUAUUCAGUGUUAAAGGUGAGGGUUUCCUGCAGACAAAGUGGCUGCCAAAGGAAAGAGAGGAUCUAACACCAAGUGUCCAUCCGGCCAGCGCGGGCCCAUCGCCGCGCAUUGCCACCAUGGCCGAUGUUGAUCCAGACACAUUGCUGGAAUGGCUCCAGAUGGGGCAGGGGGAUGAGCGGGACAUGCAGCUCAUUGCCCUGGAACAGCUGUGCAUGCUGCUGCUCAUGUCUGAUAAUGUGGAUCGGUGCUUUGAAACGUGUCCCCCACGUACCUUCCUGCCAGCCCUAUGUAAAAUCUUCCUGGAUGAAAGUGCACCAGACAAUGUACUUGAAGUCACAGCCAGGGCUAUUACCUACUACCUAGAUGUUUCUGCUGAGUGCACCAGGCGCAUUGUAGGGGUAGAAGGUGCCAUUAAAGCACUGUGCAAUCGGUUGGUGGUGGUGGAACUCAACAACAGGACCAGCCGAGAUUUGGCAGAGCAAUGUGUGAAGGUACUUGAACUCAUCUGUACACGUGAGUCAGGAGCUGUUUUUGAGGCAGGGGGCCUGAAUUGCGUGCUGACCUUCAUCCGGGACAGCGGGCACCUGGUGCAUAAGGACACUUUGCAUUCUGCUAUGGCAGUGGUUUCUCGACUUUGUGGGAAGAUGGAGCCACAAGAUGCCUCUCUGGAGACCUGUGUGGAAUCACUUUCUAGCCUUUUAAAGCAUGAAGACCAUCAGGUGUCCGAUGGGGCUUUGCGCUGCUUUGCCUCUCUUGCAGACCGGUUCACGCGUCGUGGGGUGGAUCCUGCUCCUUUGGCUCAGCAUGGGCUAACAGAGGAGCUAUUGUCUCGCAUGGCGGCUGCUGGUGGUACUGUUUCUGGUCCUUCAUCAGCCUGCAAACCAGGGCGUGGCACAAGUGGAGGCCCUUCCACAUCAGGAGACUCCAAAAUCAGCAACCAGGUUUCGACCAUAGUGAGCCUGCUAUCUACAUUAUGCCGCGGAUCACCUGUUGUCACACAUGAUUUGUUAAGGGCUGAGCUUCUAGAUUCCAUGGAGAGUGCUUUGCAAGGGGAUGAGCGUUGUGUACUUGACACCAUGAGGUUGGUGGACUUGCUUCUGGUACUGUUAUUUGAGGGCCGUAAGGCUUUACCAAAGUCAAGUGCUGGCUCCAGUGGCCGUAUACCAGGUCUGAGGCGACUGGAUAGCUCUGGUGAGAGAUCACACCGUCAAUUGAUAGAUUGUAUCCGAAGCAAGGACACAGAUGCGCUCAUUGAUGCUAUUGAUACAGGAGCAUUUGAAGUGAAUUUCAUGGAUGAUGUUGGUCAGACGCUUCUUAACUGGGCCUCUGCCUUUGGCACACAAGAAAUGGUGGAGUUUCUGUGUGAACGAGGUGCUGAUGUGAACAGAGGUCAGCGGUCAUCCUCUCUGCAUUAUGCAGCUUGCUUUGGAAGACCUCAGGUAGCAAAGACACUUCUGCGUCAUGGAGCCAACCCAGAUCUGCGAGAUGAGGAUGGGAAGACGCCGCUAGAUAAGGCUCGGGAGCGUGGUCACAGUGAGGUGGUGGCCAUCCUGCAGUCACCAGGAGACUGGAUGUGUCCUGUGAACAAGGGGGAUGAAAAGAAGAAAAAAGACUCAAAUCGAGAGGAGGAGGAAUGUAAUGAACCAAAGGGGGACCCAGAAAUGGCUCCCAUUUACCUCAAAAGACUGUUACCUGUUUUUGCACAAACUUUUCAGCAGACCAUGCUGCCCUCUAUCAGGAAGGCUAGUCUUGCUCUCAUCAGGAAGAUGAUCCAUUUCUGCUCUGAAGCAUUGCUGAAAGAAGUGUGUGAUUCUGAAGCUGGACACAAUUUACCCACUGUCCUUGUGGAGAUAACUGCAACUGUUUUGGAUCAGGAGUUUUUGUAUUCUUUUCUCCUUUUUUCUUCAUCUACUGUAACAAUUCCCCUUACAGAAAGCAGAAGCGAGUUUCUCGAAAAGUUACAGCGAGCUCGUGGCCAGGUGAAGCCUUCUACCUCCAGCCAGCCUAUUCUGUCUGCUCCAGGCCCAGGCAAGCUAACUGUGGGUAACUGGUCACUCACCUGCCUGAAAGAUGGAGAGAUUGCCAUACACAACUCAGAUGGCCAGCAAGCUACUAUCUUGAAGGAGGAUCUGCCAGGCUUUGUAUUUGAGUCAAAUCGUGGAACAAAGCAUUCUUUCACUGCAGAGACAUCCUUAGGGUCAGAGUUUGUGACUGGUUGGACUGGAAAGAGAGGCAGAAAACUGAAAUCAAAGCUAGAGAAAACAAAGCAAAAGGUACGAACAAUGGCAAGAGAUUUGUAUGAUGACCAUUUCAAGGCAGUAGAGAGCAUGCCACGUGGUGUGGUUGUGACUUUAAGAAACAUCGCUACACAACUAGAGUCCUCAUGGGAACUUCAUACAAACAGACAAUUUAUAGAAGGGGAGAACACAUGGAGAGACCUCAUGAAGACGGCCCUGGAGAACCUCAUUGUGCUUUUAAAGGAUGAUAACACUAUCUCCCCAUAUGAAAUGUGCAGCAGUGGACUGGUGCAGGCUCUGCUCACAGUGCUGAGCAAUAGUGAAGAUAUUGAUAUAAAACAUGACUGUGGGCAGCUUGUAGAAAGACUCAAUGUCUUUAAAACGGCUUUCAGCGAGAAUGAAGAUGAUGAGAGUUAUCCAGCUAUUGCUUUAGUGCGGAAGUUGAUUGCAGUACUAGAGUCUAUUGAAAGGCUACCUCUCCAUCUCUAUGACACACCAGGAUCCAGCUACAAUCUGCAGAUCCUAACUCGAAGACUUCGAUUUCGGCUUGAACGUGCACCAGGAGAGACUUCUUUAAUUGAUCGCACAGGUAGAAUGUUGAAGAUGGAACCACUGGCAACUGUGGAGUCUCUUGAGCAGUACCUACUGAAGAUGGUGGCUAAGCAGUGGUAUGACUUCGACCGUUCAUCCUUUGUAUUUGUACGCAAGCUGCGUGAAGGUCAGAGCUGUGUAUUCCGACAUCAACAUGACUUUGAUGACAAUGGAAUUAUGUACUGGAUAGGGACCAAUGCAAAAACUGCCUAUGAGUGGGUGAACCCAGCAGCCUAUGGUCUGGUGGUAGUCACUUCCUCAGAAGGCCGAAAUUUGCCAUAUGGCAGGUUGGAAGAUAUCUUGAGCCGAGACAGUUCUGCCUUAAAUUGCCACACAAAUGAUGACAAGAGUGCCUGGUUUGCCAUUGACCUUGGUCUUUGGAUUGUGCCAUCUGCAUACACACUCCGCCAUGCCCGGGGGUACGGACGAUCUGCUCUUCGCAACUGGGUUUUCCAAGUGUCAAAGGAUGGCCAGAAUUGGACAACGCUGUACACACAUGUAGAUGACUGCAGUCUGAAUGAGCCUGGCUCCACAGCUACAUGGCCUCUGGACCCUCCAAGAGAGGAAAAGCAGGGAUGGCGGCACAUUAGAAUCAAGCAGGCAGGAAAGAAUGCCAGCGGGCAGACACAUUAUCUCUCUCUAUCUGGCUUUGAGCUGUAUGGCAGUGUGACCGGGGUUUGUGAGGACCAGCUCGGAAAGGCAGCCAAAGAAGCAGAAGCCAAUCUUAGGCGCCAAAGGCGAUUGGUGCGUUCUCAGGUUUUAAAGUAUAUGGUUCCUGGAGCAAGAGUUGUUCGUGGAAUUGACUGGAAAUGGAGAGAUCAGGAUGGCAGCUCUCAGGGUGAGGGCACAGUCACUGGAGAGCUGCACAAUGGCUGGAUUGAUGUCAUAUGGGAUGCCGGUGGCUCUAACUCUUACCGCAUGGGCGCGGAAGGAAAAUUUGACCUCAAGCUGGCCCCUGGUUAUGAUCCAGAUUCCACGACGUCACCCAAACCUAUCUCAUCCACUGUUGCAGGCACACCACCCUCCUGGAGCAGCCUGGUGAAAAACAACUGUCCUGACAAAGCUCCUCCAUCCAGUUCUUGUGUGGUCGCAGGGAGUGUGGCUGGAUCAUGCAGUCGGAAAGGGAGCAGCAGCUCAGUCUGCAGUGUGGCUAGUAGCAGUGAUGUGAGCCUUAGCUGUGCCAAGAUCGAAAGGCGGGCAGAGGAGCCAGGCUCUGAACCUCAACACGACCCCAUCUUACUACUGUCCUCAAGCACUACAGCCUCAGGGUCUACCACCUGUCCCCCAGGUGGAGAGAAUGCUGUGGAGGGAGGAGAGAGGAAGGCAGGUGAGGCCACUGCUAUCUCUAUAGGUAUGGUGAGCAUAAGCUCACCUGACGUAAGUUCUGUGUCAGAGCUCAGCAAUAAGGAGGCAGCAGUUCCACGUCCUUUGGGGUCAUCAGCUAGCAACAGGCUGUCAGUUAGCUCUCUGCUUGCCACUGGGGCUCCCAUGAGUUCUAGUGCCAGUGUCCCCAAUUUGUCUUCUCGGGAGACAUCCAGUCUGGAGUCCUUUGUGAGGAGGGUUGCUAACAUUGCACGGACGAAUGCCACCAAUAACAUGAACUUGAGCCGCAGCAGCAGUGAUAACAACACCAACACCUUGGGGAGGAAUGCAGUAAGCUCUGCCACUUCACCACUGAUGGGAGCUCAGAGUUUUCCCAACUUGACUACUACGGGGACCACAUCCACUGUUACAAUGUCAACAUCUAGUGUUACCAGCAGCAAUGUGGCAACUGCCACCACAGGACUUUCUGUAGGCCAGUCCCUCAGCAACACACUAACUACCAGCUUGACUUCUACCUCCAGUGAGAGUGACACAGGUCAAGAAGCAGAAUAUUCACUUUAUGAUUUCCUGGAUAGUUGCCGAGCUAGCACACUGCUUGCUGAGCUGGAUGAUGAUGAAGACCUUCCUGAGCCAGAUGAAGAGGAUGAUGAGAAUGAGGAUGAUAACCAGGAUGAGCAGGAGUAUGAGGAAGUUAUGGUGAGCAUCCAUGGCAUGAACAAUAGAAAGCUGAAUUAUGGUGCUGAUAAUACACAUUUAACAGUGGUGGUGUUUAAGAAAGCUCCUUUUGUGAUUGGAGCAACCUUUAAGUUAUCUUAUUCAGUUUUGUUGUUCCUUCAGGAAGAGGAGGAGUAUGAGACAAAGGGAGGCCGACGAAGGACAUGGGACGAUGAUUAUGUGCUGAAGAGGCAAUUUUCUGCAUUGGUUCCAGCUUUUGACCCCCGUCCUGGCCGCACCAAUGUUCAGCAAACUACUGACCUGGAGAUUCCAGCACCAGGCACACCACACUCUGAGCUUUUGGAAGAGGUGGAGUGUGCCCCAGCCCCACGUCUGGCAUUGACCCUGAAGGUGACAGGCCUUGGAAGUGGUCGAGAAGUAGAAUUUCCCCUGAGCAACUUUCGUUCCACCAUAUUCUACUACGUGCAGAAGCUGCUUCAACUCUCCUGCAAUGGUUCUGUGAAAUCUGACAAGCUGAGGAGGAUUUGGGAGCCAACUUACACGAUAAUGUAUAGAGAGUUGAAGGAUUCAGAUAAGUUAAAGGAGAGUGGGACACUGGGCUGUUGGUCUGUGGAACAUGUGGAGCAGUUCCUGGGGACAGACACUUUGCCAAAGAAUGAUUUGAUCACCUACCUGCAGAGAAAUUCAGACCUAUGCUUUCUCCGUCGGUGGAAAUUGACUGGGACCAACAAAAGCAUCCGUAAGAACCGCAACUGUUCCCAGCUGAUAGCUGCAUACAAGGACUUCUGUGAAAAUGGUUGCAAAUCAGCAGGUAUACCAGCUGCUCUUGCCACACUGCAGAGUGCCGAUAUCCUAAGCCAUAGCAGAGAGCAGGCACAAGCCAAAGCUGGGAGUGGACAAAAUUCAUGUGGUGUUGAGGACGUCCUGCAGCUUUUGCGCAUUCUUUACAUUAUAGCCAAUGACCCAUAUUCUGCCAAAACACCACAGGAAGAGGAUGAAGAAAUGCUUCUAUUUAGUGUGCCUCCAGAGGAAUUCACCAGUAAAAAAAUCACCACAAAGAUACUGCAACAGAUAGAGGAACCUUUGGCUCUGGCUAGUGCAGCUUUGCCAGACUGGUGUGAGCAAUUGACCAGCAAGUGCCCCUUCUUGAUCCCAUUUGAGACAAGACAACUUUACUUCACUUGUACAGCAUUUGGUGCAUCCAGAGCUAUUGUAUGGCUCCAGAACAGACGUGAGGCCACAGUGGAAAGAACCAGGACGGCAAGUGCAGUGCGCAGGGAUGACCCAGGAGAAUUCAGAGUAGGGCGACUAAAACAUGAGCGAGUAAAGGUGCCAAGAGGAGAUUCACUGAUGGAGUGGGCCGAAAAUGUCAUGCAGAUCCAUGCAGACCGCAAGUCGGUGCUUGAGGUUGAGUUCCUUGGAGAGGAAGGGACGGGGCUGGGCCCCACCCUUGAAUUCUAUGCCCUGGUGGCUGCUGAAUUCCAAAAGACAAACUUGGGAAUCUGGUUAUGUGACGAUGACUUCCCUGAUGAUGAAUCACGACAGGUGGACCUUGGAGGUGGUUUGAAGCCCCCUGGUUACUAUGUGCAGCGGUCAUGUGGUCUCUUUAUAGGUCCCUACCCCCAAGACAGUGAGGAACUGGACAGAGUGACCAAGCUUUGCCACUUCUUGGGAGUCUUUCUUGCCAAAUGUAUUCAGGACAAUAGAUUGGUGGAUCUACCCAUUUCAAAGCCUUUCUUCAGACUUAUGUGCAUGGGUGAUGUUAAGAGCAACAUGAGUAAACUAUUAUAUGCCUCCCGGGGGGAGGAUAGUGAACACUGUACUGAAAGCCAGUCUGAAGCAUCCACUGAGGAUGGACAUGAUGCUCUUUCUGUGGGUAGCUUUGAAGAAGACUCAAAGUCUGAGUUUAUAUUGGACCCACCCAAGCCAAAACCCCCUGCAUGGUUCCAGGGCAUACUGACAUGGGAUGACUUUGAGCAAAUAAAUCAACAUCGUGCCCAGUUCCUAAGGGACAUUAGAGAGUUAGCUGUAAAAAGGAGGCAUAUUUUGGGCAACCGGAGCCUGUCAGAAGAUGAAAAAAACACACAACUUCAGGAAUUGAUGCUGAAGAAUCCUUCUGGUUCUGGGCCACCUGUCAGUAUUGAGGAUUUAGGACUAAACUUCCAGUUCUGUCCAUCUUCUCGGGUUUACGGUUUCACAGCUGUGGAUCUGAAACCAAAUGGUGAAGAUGAGAUGGUGACAAUCGACAACGCAGAAGAAUAUGUAGAUCUGAUGUUUGAUUUUUGUAUGCAGACUGGUAUACAAAAACAGAUGGAGGCAUUUAGAAGUGGCUUUAAUAAAGUGUUUCCUAUGGAGAAGUUGAGCUCUUUUAGCCACGAAGAGGUCCAGAUGAUUCUCUGUGGAAACCAGUCUCCAUCAUGGUCAUCAGAUGAUAUAAUAAAUUACACUGAACCAAAACUAGGAUAUACUCGAGAGAGUCCGGGAUUCCUUCGUUUUGUGCGAGUCCUUUGUGGCAUGUCAUCAGAUGAGAGAAAGGCCUUUCUACAGUUUACAACCGGAUGUUCCACGCUGCCCCCUGGAGGGCUGGCAAACUUACACCCUCGGCUUACUGUGGUGCGCAAGGUUGACGCCACUGAUGCCAGUUACCCCUCUGUGAAUACUUGUGUACAUUACCUUAAGUUACCAGAGUACUCGUCAGAAGAGAUUAUGAGAGAUCGACUGCUUGCUGCUACUAUGGAGAAAGGUUUCCACCUCAAUUGAGACUGCUUGGCUGAACGCUGCAUUUUUUGCUCUUGGUGGGCACUCAUCUCUCGUGUUUGUGUGCUGACAGGACAUGGCCUUUCUUCUCCCUCUUACUGUGUGUUUCUUACAACCCUCACAAGGCUUCUGAGGAGAGAGUGGGUGUGAUGCCUUUUUAUUUUUGUUAGCUGCUAAUGAUGAAAUGGUCUCUAGGCAUGAGAAAAAACACAAAAAACAAUCUUUGAAUGCCAGAGUGCCCUGCAUCCUAUUGAAGACCAGGCCCUUUUAACCAUAAAUGGGUUUAAAGAUUUAAAGGAAUGCUGUUAACAGUCUUACAGGAGCAGCUUACCUGCAUUCAGACAUUUUGUAAAUGUUCAGCAUCUGUUGUAUAGACAUUACACUACGUCCGCAUACCAAGACUAGCUAAUGCAUUCAAACCUUCUUGUUUUGCUAGCUUUAAACUAACCCAUCUGAAAGCUGCUUUCAUUGAAUCUAGAGAGUUAAUGAACUUUGAACCCCUCCCUUUUAAUGGUGCCUGUACUAUUUAAAUACACCUAGUAAGUUUGCUUCUUCUUUUUUUCCCAUUAUGUAAUCAUGCACCUUUAUUUUCCUACUUUAUAAUUGGGGAGAAUAUACUGAUUGAGAUGCCCCUGCUAUGCAGACUGAACUGAAUUGUUUGUGCAAUGUGCAAAUAAAAAUGAUCAUGAGAAAAAUACCCAUCACAGAAGGGAAACAAAUCCAUAUAGAUUGGAGCAAGGUUAUUAAACCUCCUCUCUGUUAAGAGUAACCUACAGCAUUGUUGAAGGUUGCUUCUUGCACUAAAGGGGUAUACAAAGCAAGUUUUGCCCUCUGGUUGUAUUUUCUUUGUAUAUUAUAAACAUUUAUUUAACUUGUUGCAGUUUGAAGUAAAAAAAAUAAAACAAUGAUGAAAAAUGCA